CACUUUCUUUCAUGCCGGUACUCGUACCAUUAGGCAUACAUAGUGCUCGACAGAAAAUUGGGUACAACUACAAAUCCUACAAAUAGCGUCGACUUGAGCCCACGAGAGGCAAACAUAACAAGUAUUUAGAUCGGCAGAGCAGCCCAAUGCUGAGUUUAUGCCAAUCUUGAAAUAAAUUCUAGGAAUCGUCGUAAUGUCCCGGCACACAGGGACCUUGAACUGGCAGAAGUGCCCGUGGCGUUCGUCGCUGCAGCUAGUGUUGACUGUGACACUGGUACUCGCGAUGUCCUGCAGUGAAGCGGCGAGUGCAGACACUUUGGAGACGGACACUCCAGCAGGGAGCAAGGCCAAAAACCCAGCAGCCAUUGGUUAUGGAAAUUUGCCUGCAGACUUUAGUGCACCGAUCGCCAGCAUGGAUGUACAUGGUGAGCUUCCAAGAUGGUUAAACGGAUCUCUGUAUCGCAAUGGGCCAGCUUGGUGGAAUGAACAACGUCUAAACCACUGGUUCUUUGGCCUGGCUAUGGUGCAUGCAUUUCAUAUAUCUGAUGGGAAGAUUUCCUAUCGUAACCAGUAUCUGCGUACGUCUGUGUACAACCAGUUCUUGGUUUCGGACCAGUGCUCAGAUGAGCAGCAACAUCCUUCACAGAGUCACAUGAUGUCCCAGGAUGAGGGCACGCAGCCGGCCAAACAAGAGUGCAACAGAGGCGAAAAGUCGGAGCCUGAGUCUAUCAACACCGCCGUGACAAUUCGACGUGUUGCUGGUCAUUUGCUGGCUAAUGCAGGCAGUAUGAGCAGCAAUGAAUUCCAUGCUGAAGAUCUUAGCACCCUGCAUGCUCCAUUCUCAUUCCAAGAUGACAUGCAACUGUUUCGUAGCUCAUCACAUGCCCAUACAGACCUGGAUGGCACUAUUGUUCAUUUCUAUUACAUCGAUGGGCCUCAACCAGCAUAUCAGUUCUACACAAUAGCCGCAGGUACAAUGAGUCGACAGCGCCUCGGUGCACCUCUUCAAGUUAACAAUGCCGCUAAUGCUCCGGUCUUCAUGCAUAGCUUCGCUCUGACUGAACACUAUGCUAUACUUUCGGAAAUCCCAGCUUUCCUCGCUAUGGACUUCCACCAAGCCAAGUUCUUUCCAACAUGGAAUGCAAAGUGGCGCAUUGUGAAUCGUCAAACCGGAGAGGAGCUCGAUAUUCAGCUUGAAAGUGCUGGAUUCAUGAUGUACCACCAUAUCAAUGCAUAUGAGGACAUCAACGAGAAUGGGGAAGCCGAGAUUGUUGUAGAUGUCGCUUCCUUUCCUGAUAUGGACUCUCUUCAGGCCAUGUUCAUUGAUUCACUGAUAAAUAGACCAGAAGAGCUCAUGGACUCGUUCUACCGAGGGGCGCCUCAUCGCUACCGGCUGCCACUAAGUCCGGAGAAGCGUGGCACACUAGUUCAAGGUGAGAAGUUGUGGGAUGGUCCUAUAGAGCUACCGACUAUCGCCUAUGAACAGUACAACACUAAGAAAUACACAUACUUCUAUGGUAUAUCUGCCACCGAAGGGAAAUCAGUAUUCGUUGACAGGCUUGUAAAAGUCGACGUGGACGCCGCCAGCCGGCAGGGCAAUAGCAAUGGUGCUUUAUCUGCAUCAUGGGAAGCUGAUAACUGCUACCCAGGCGAACCCGUCUUUGUCUCCAGAUCUCAGAGUGCUGCUGAAGAUGAUGGUGUUAUCCUAAGCCUCGUCCUUAAUGCUGCUGAAGAACACUCCUUUUUGCUUGUUUUAGAUGGCAAAAGCUUUACAGAAAUUGCAACCGUUCCACUGACCUAUGCUGUACCGUUUGGUUUUCAUGGCCGCCAUUAUUUCAACACCACAGCUACAGCAAGUGAAUGAAAUGUGCUAUAUCUGGCUUAAAAACAACUAUUGAUGAUGCAGAUUCAGUACAGAGCUUUAUUGAGGCUUGGAGGCUGUGUGAUGAUGAGUAGGAUGCAAGUCUUCCUGUUUUUACUACCAUGCAUAGAAUUGAUCCAUCUUACAGCAUCACAACCACGGUGGAGCUUGCACACCAGAAAUACCCUGCUUAGCCCCCUCCCCCAUGCUUAAUGCACACAAAUUAACACAUGCUUAUCUGAGAAUAACUUGAAUUCCUCUUACUGAGAUAAAUCUUUGACUUGUAAUACAUUUCUUUUCUUUCUUUGUGCGGACCCAAAAAAGAAGAAAUUACUGUUGCAUAUUCA